AAAGAUUGUUAUUCUCUUUUCUGAUUUUCAAGUUGUUUUCCAAUACACAAGUUGUCAUUUAUUGAAAUGCAUAAUUAUCCUAUUUGUAUUUUGGGUUUGAAAAUUUUCGACUAGCUUAGGGUCCCAUGCAGUUGCAGUUGGUCAAAUACCAAAGAAGGAACGUGCACUUUAAAACAGCUGUUUAAAACAUGUCUGCACAAAUUAUUCUUUAUCAGGAUUCAGGAGCCUGGGGUAUUCCAAGUACUUGUCCAAAGUGUACGGCGUUGCAAACUUUGUUAAGAUUUGCCGAUGUCAGUUAUGCUGUUUCUCCUGGUGAUUCCAGUCCUUCUAUGACCGAACAAAAUGAGUUACCUGUUUUAAGAGUUGUUAGUGAUAAGGAAGAUGUGGUUGUUCCUGGUUUGGAAAGUUGUGUGGAAGCACUAAGUUCGGUUGGUUAUGACGCUUAUGGAGGUCUAACUCCAGCACAAAUAGCAGAAACCAAAGCCUUUAAUUGUUUGAUUUUGGAUCGUUUGGAUUUAGUGAGGCAAUAUGAGUGGUACUUGGAGGAUAAUAACUUUAGUCGUUGUAUAAGCAAAGUGCGAUAUCAAAGUGCAAGUUUUCCCGUUAGAUGUGUUUUGACUCGAUUGGAGAGACACGAAAUCCGAAAAAGAUUGAAUGUGACGCCGUGGAUUCAACGUGGACAAAUGUAUCAAGUUGCAAAGGAGUGUUUGGAAGUACUUUCUACUCGAUUAGGUGAAAGACGCAAAUAUUUCUAUGGAGAUGUUCCCCGUUUAUUGGAUGCCUUGGUUUUUGGUGAAAUUGUUGCGCAGUUGUAUGCUCCUGUUCCACAUGGAAGGUUACGGCAAUUGAUUCUUGAGUAUCCCAAUCUUUUGAAGUUUGUAGAAAAUAUUAGACAGACCUAUUUUUUCAAUGGUAUGGAUGAACUGCAACAUUUUGAAAAAGACUAUCAUUCCAAUCAUACCAGUCCUAUCAGGACUGCAUAUGAAGCAGCAUUGCAUAGAAGCAGACACAUAUUCUCGUCCAAAAAAGAAACUUCUCCUAUCGAGGAGGCACGUAAAGCAAGAAAUAGGAAUUUCAUUAUAGCUGCAGCAACCAGCUUUUUGAUUUUUCUGUUGUUAGGAAACGAUAUGGAAGUGCAAUUAUCGGAAUAAAAUAGUUUAUCAUUUUUGGAUAAAUACAUUCCUAAAAGU